UCCUUUUUAGGCUUGUGUGUGCGCUUUUAAUCUGCUAUAUAUCAUAUAAUAAUUUGACCCUUAUUCUGUUUUAUUAGAAAGAUGGCAGAGCCUCGAUUCAAUAAUCCAUAUUUCUGGCCACCUCCUCCCUCAAUGCCUGGUCAACUGGAUAACCUGGUUCUUAUCGACAAGAUCAAAGAGCAACUGAUGGCAGAAAAAAUCAGACCUCCGCAUUUGCCGCCCACCACUGUUCCCUCUCAGCAGACUCUGCUGGUGGCCUCUCCACCUUCAGAUGGUGGGCAGCAUGUGAUGUCUAUCCCCAAGCUGCAGCAGGUGCCGGGUCUUCAGGCUCACAACUCCUCUCAGCCUGACAUCGCCCUGCACGCCCGCCCAGCAUCCAGCACCAUCGCAGAGCUGAGUAUAGAUGACAAGUCUUCGGUGAAAGCAAAGGGGCUGUGGGAAGAUUGGCAUAUGCGACAAGCAGUGGACCAAGCCUCUAGAGUGAACCAUCGCUCAGGUCUCAUGCUGUCAUCCCGCACAGAAAGCCACAUCACCUCUGAGGCUAUAACUCCCACAACCCCGACGUCCAGCAGCCAGAACCGCUUGGGCGGCGCACCUUCCUUAAACACCAUUUCCGGCUUAGCCAGCGGUCCUGGCAUGGAGCACGUGAAAAGUGGAGGUCUGGUGGGGAUGCUGGGACCACAGCCCAAAGCUCCAAGGGGCCGCAAGAAGAUUAAAGCAGAGAACAACACGGGCCCGUUGCUGGUGGUACCCUACCCGCUUCUGGCCUCGGGCCCCGACCAGGCGGUAACCAUCGCCAAAGAGGGAAAAACAUACAGGUGUAAAGUGUGUCCCCUCACUUUCUUAAACAAGUCGGAGAUGCAGAUCCAUUCCAAGUCCCACACGGAGGCCAAACCCCACAAGUGCCCUCACUGUUCAAAGUCAUUCGCCAACGCCUCAUACCUAGCACAGCACUUACGUAUUCACUUAGGCAUUAAACCCUACCACUGCUCCUAUUGCGAGAACUCUUUUCGUCAGUUAUCACACCUCCAGCAGCACACCAGGUCAAUUCACACUGGUGACAGACCAUAUAAAUGUGCCCAGCCAGGAUGUGAAAAGGCAUUCACACAACUCUCAAACCUACAGUCUCACCAGAGACAACAUAACAAAGACAAGCCAUACAAGUGUCCGAACUGCUACCGCGCAUACACAGACUCAGCCUCCUUACAGAUCCAUCUCUCCGCACACGCCAUUAAGAACGCUAAAUCGUACUGUUGCAGCAUGUGUGGUCGCGCGUACACCUCAGAGACCUACCUUAUGAAACACAUGUCUAAGCACACAGUGGUAGAACAUCUGGUGAGCCAACACUCACCACAAAGGACCGAAUCACCCAGCGUUCCCGUUCGCAUUUCCCUCAUCUGAGCACUUCUGGUCCUGGACCAGCCCACUGUCGCUCGGUCUUUCCCAACCUUGGCGUAAGCAAGCAAAAUCGCCUGUCCUCGGUGGUUUGACGUUUAUUAUUUUGCGUGUGUGUGUGUGUUUGUUAGUUUGUUUCGGUUUUUGAGAACAUUCCAACAUGUAUUUGUCUGUGUGGAUAGAGGCUCAAACACAGCAGCGCUUUAGGAAGUUUCUAUUACACGCGUUCCUCUUCUCCAACUCAUUGUUGAGUUGAGAGGGAAUAAUCGGGAAAUCCAAAGAUGGUUUCACAGCACUUUCAGGCCACACAGUUUUGGCUUUAAAUGUUUCUGGUCUGUUACGACAAUAAAGGCAUUGCUCUUGGCAGCUAAACGUUUGGGACUGUAGGUAUUAUGCAUUAUAAAAUCAGAAGACAUACGUUGUAUGUUUAAACAAGCUUGGACCAAGUCCAGUACCUCCUCUCAUAUUUUUCUAUGCUGUCUGGGGGAGAAAAAAAAAAAUUCCCUUCUUUUGGGCAACUCGAGUCGGUUUAGAGACCAACGGUCUUGUGUUUUGGUAAUGUCAAUCAUGCCGUACGUUUCUUUCAUGUUAAAACAUUUCCUCGCUCGUAGGGAAAUCUGACUGAAAAUAGCUUUAGCAUUAAAUGUUUUAACUUCUCAAACGGACUGUUAUAAAUCUGACUUUAUAGACAAAUCCGCACAUUUUAGAUGUUUUGCGAGAUUAAUCCUUUAGUGCUUUACAAAUUCUUGUGGUCUGGUGCCAAAAAUUGAAUAUGAAAACGGUUCGCGUGCGAUUCUGAGGUUUCAGAAUGAACGCAUAUAGUGUUUAAAAUGAACACUUUAAAAAAGUGUACACCUGCUUUAUGUCAGCAUGCAUUUGACAUUAUAGGUGGGUAAAAACUGCCAAGAAAUGUCUAAACUGUUAUAUUUUGAAUAAAAGAAAAUGAUGCCGAUUUUUGGAUAAGAGGCAUGCCUAAACUUAAUUUAUGUUCAUCUUAAUAUUUGUAUAAAUGUACACUUUCAUUCAAAAGUUUGGAAUCAGUACAAUUUUUUAUGUUUUUUAAAUAAAUUUAUUUGAUCAAAAAUACAGAUUUUUUUUUUUAAAUAAUAUUUGCAUUAAAA